AUGUGGCUCUACCUGAUGACCCCUGUGGGCCUUUACUACCUUCUGCGUUGGUACCGUGAGAAGCAGGUGGUGAGCAAUCUCCAAGACAAGCAUGUCUUCAUCACGGGCUGUGACUCGGGAUUUGGGAACCUGCUGGCCAGACAGCUGGACAGGAGAGGCAUGAGGGUUCUGGCUGCAUGUCUGACGGAAAAGGGAGCCACGGAGCUGAGGAACAAGACAUCAGACAGGCUGGAGACAGUGAUCCUUGAUGUCACCAAGACAGAGAGUAUUGUGGCAGCCACUCAGUGGGUGAAGGAGCGUGUUGGGAACAGAGGACUCUGGGGCCUGGUCAACAAUGCUGGCAUCUCCUUUCCCUCGGGGCCCAAUGAAUGGAUGAACAAAGAGGAUUUUGCAAAGAUACUGGAUGUGAACCUGUUGGGCGUGAUUGAGGUGACUCUGAGCAUGCUGCCCUUAGUGAGGAAGGCAAAAGGCCGAGUGGUCAACGUUUCCAGCAUCUUGGGUCGAAUAUCUAUAGUUGGUGGUGGUUACUGCAUCUCCAAGUAUGGUGUAGAAGCCUUCUCCGAUUCCCUCAGGAGGGAGCUCUGCUAUUUUGGAGUUAAGGUGGCCAUUAUAGAGCCCGGUUUCUUUCAGACUGCUAUUUCCAGUAGUGACGGGCAUUUUUCACAUGUCAAGAUGCUGUGGGAGCAGGCAAGCUCAGAAGUCAAAGAGUUCUAUGACAAGAAGUUUUUAUUAUCCUAUCUGAGACAACUAAAGAUACUCUUACGAAAAACGUGCACAGAGGACCUUUCCUUGGUGACAGACUGCAUGGAGCAUGCGCUGACUUCCCGUCACCCGCGGACCCGAUACUCAGCUGGUUGGGAUGCCAAGCUCAUCUAUAUUCCUUUGAGCUACCUGCCUACCUGUCUUUCGGAUGCCUUCUUCUACAGGACCUCCAUGAAGCCUGAAAAAGCUCUGUGAAGCCUGCAUCUGUUUCAGUAGUUGGGGGACAUAAGAGUGCAGUGUGAGGGAGACGAUCCUCAAGAGAAGGCAGAUGUGGGGCUCCGGACAAACUUGUCAUUGGGAGGGAG